AAGAACAAGUCCAGAACCAUUUGAACGUUAAUGAACUUUUUUUUGUAGUCAAUGUUUAGUAAAAUUAAUUUUUUUUGUAAAAGGCUUGUAUUGUCGAGUCAUUUACUAUUCAUUCUUUGUCAUUCAUCGUGUACAGCUCAAACAACGUAUGACAGAGAUAGUUUACGUGAACUAGCUCAAUUCCCACAACAGCAUCGCUUUUCAGACGGACGCUUGUGUGCUUCACUUUUCGCACAGAACGAUCGUGUAUACACUAAUUGUACUACAACUACUUCCCCUGAUGGACAAACUGGACGCGAAUGGUGUUUUUUAGCCGAUCAGCUUCGUAUUAAAAAUGAAAAAAACUGGGGUUAUUGUAGCCCACCAAUUGAUUAUAAUUUCAUCCGAGCAAAAGCCAAUGAAGCUUUUGCUAUAAAAGUUAAUGAAGUUUCCAAGAUGAUAACACUUUUAGAUUCUGAAAGAGCUAGAUUGGAAGAUGUUGAAAAGAGAUAUAAUUUGACGUGUGGGCAUCGUCGUGAUAUUACAGAAAUAAGACUUCAUAGAAUUGAAGAACUUCUUAGCAAAGCAGAACGUAGUCUUGUUCAAAUUCGAUCGACGCGAGAAAAAACGUUUUACAUUCAAAAUAGUAUAAAACAGCUUGAGGACCAAUUACUACAUCUCAAAUCACUAAGCCCCGGCCCUCAAAAUUGUGGUUCUGUUCAAGGCUACGAAGAGGAACCACUUGGAGAUGGAUUAAAAGCUGAAUAUUUUAAGAAUGUAUUUUUCAAAGGUGUUCCAGUCACUCAAGUUGAUGAAAAUAUUGACUUUGAAUGGAACGCUAGAGAUCCUGCUCCCGGUGUGCCUUACGAUGGUUUUUCAAUUCGUUGGAGUGGUUCACUUGAAGGACCGUAUACUGGUGAGUACAUUUUUAGCACCGUUGCCGAUUGUGGAGCUCGAGUGUUCCUAAAUAAUAAACCUAUCAUCGUGGAUCGGAUGCCUUACCCUAAAACCCUUGAGGGUGUACCGCCGGAAGAAAUUGAAUUAGAACCUCCUUCUGAGCAGGAUGGUCCUCGAAAAGUUUCAUCGUUACCUAUAAUGCUCAAUGCAGGAGAAAAACAGCACCUUCGUGUUGAAAUGCUCCAUUCAAACCAUCUGCGUUGGCUUCAUAUGGAUGAUUCUUCUAUUAAAUUAAUGUGGUCGACCUCAUAUUUUAAGGAGACUGUCAUUCCUAAAAAGUAUCUCUAUCAAAGAAAUCCCAUUUCACUUAUGAAAAUUUCGGGGCUUAAUCCUGACAAUUAUCAACUCUCUUUUCUUUACGAUGGUGAAUACAUGUAUAAAGAUAGUACAACGCAUUACCUUGCUGAUGUUCCCUUGAUGUUCUAUGGAUUGAAAAUGAUACGUGGAUUGCAAAAUCCCACUGACACAGCACUGACUUUUGAGAUAACAUCUGCAGCUACAAUGUUUUUGGGAGCUCCAAAGAGAAGUGGAUCUCCUCUCUUGGCACCGUGCGAGGGAACCUUUCGUAUCACGGAGGAUGUAUUUUCCGUAUACGAAGCGACAUCUCGAGCCUCAAGAGCAACGUCUGUAAAACACUUUUCAGUGUAUCAACAUGACUUACCAUCUGCUGGAAUAUUUAAAUUUGAUAUACUCCAAAAUGGAAUACCAUUUUUAAUUUUUUUUAAACCCAGAAAAGUUUCACAUGGAUCCUGUGGUGGCACAACUAUUUUGCUCUCAGAUCCUACUAACACAAAAAUUUUUUCGUCAUGUGAAGCGUCUUCAACGGCUUCUUCUGAAUUUAAUUGUGAAUAUGGUUUCGGAGAAAUGCAAGCGGAUCAACCAUUUGGGACAUGGAGAACUGCAGGAGGCAAUGGGGUUGGGGAGUUUCUAAUUAUUCGAUUUAAAAAACAAGUGCAAUUAAGCAAGUUUCGUUUCAUCCCUCGAACUGAUCCGAUCACAUGGCCAUCCGAGAUCACGUUAUCGUUUGCAGAAAAACUUAAUGAUAAUGUUGGGAAAACCAAAGUACUUACAGUUUCUCACGCAGCUAAUAUGGACGCAUUAAAUUAUCCUUUGAACUCUAUCGUCACCAAUUUCGUUAGAAUAGAAGUGUCAAGGAUGUACGUUAAUGGAGAAGAUACAGGAGGAUCUUUUGAAAUAUGGGGAACGGAGUGUGAGGAAGAACCUGAACUCGAAGAAACGCAAACGCCUUCUUUGCAAAAAAGUCUUACAACCAGUUACUCACAUGAACCAACUAAGCAAAGUACCUCGUUUAUACAAAGCAUUGACGAAUGCAGUAAAACGUUAGAAAAUAUCUUUUUAGACCAACCUAUUCAUGUAGGAACUUCUCUUCAUUUUCAAUGUCCUGCGUCCUGUUUCAAUAAGACACUAGAAAAUUCAGGAACUUUUAUACUAUCUGAAUUAAAAAUUAAAAAAAAACAUGAAUCAAAAGAAAAUUUACUGAGUUUUAACUCAAAUAGAGCUUCCCAUGUAUUUGGAUCAUCCAUAUACGCUCCGGAAUCCAGUUUAUGUUUUGCUGCGGCACAUAUGGGUCUUUGUCAAAUGGAAAAUCAGUUGUCGAAAAGUGGGAGGUGCCCAUUGACUGUCACUGUAGUUCCGUACAAGACAUCAUUUCCAGGAGAAGUACGAAACAAUAUUAAAAGCGAACCACAUGGACCAGCAGAAUUUGGACUUGCGCUGACGCUUUAUAAAGCAGAAGAAAUUCAAGGUCACAAUGUAACGAGUGAAGCAGCUGAGUCUUACGCAAUAGCUUUUCAAUCCAGUAACAUGGUAGCACCCCCUCAAGGAUAUCUGAUAGAUGAUGGCCAUAGGCUUGAUGUUUCAAAGAAAAACACAUCCCAUAUUAUCUACGGAUGGGAUCGUCCAACGCAAGUCACUUAUUGUGAACAGCAAUUGGACGAGCACCAAAAUCCUUUAAAUAUUGGAGGUAUUGAAUUUCCACCAGACCCUGAUAGUCCAGCAUGUGAAGCAUCUAUGAGUGAUUGUGAACCGAAUUCUUGGAGUAUCAUUCUUCCUCGCAAUGGAUUGUAUCAUAUAGAGGUGCAAGUGGGGAAUCCUUGUCAUCCUAUAGCAGGUAUUCGACGGUACUACUUGAAAGCAAACAAUGCUACUCUCGUGGAUGGUGAAGAAUUACCGAGAGGUCGUUUUUUCUGGUCCACAGCUGAAAUUCCGGUUAUAAAUCAUAUUUUAACACUCACUGCAGAGUGUGAUGUGCCAGAAGACUCUAAAAAAGAGCUUUGUACUUCUGCGGUAACUACGCUUAUGAGUUUGAAAAUUUCUACAGUUCAAACAUCACAUGCUUAAGCUGUUUUUGUUUUUUUUUUUUUAAACUAGCCAUCUAUUGAUGAACAAUUUUUGCAUUUUUUAUGAAGUGUCCUUUUUAUUUACUAAUUAUUUCUUUUAUGAAUGCAAUACUUACCUUAAAAUAAAAAAAAAAUAUUUUUGUGU